AUGCAUCUGAAACUGCUACUUCUCUGUGAACUGGAAGCUGCUCUUCACAGGGAUGAUGUGGAGUUUAUCAGCGACCUGAUCGCCUGCCUUCUUCAAGGUUGCUAUCAGCGCAGAGACAUCACAUCCCAGACGUUUCAUAGCUACCUGGAGGACAUCAUCAACUAUCGCUGGGAGCUAGAGGAAGGGAAGCCCAACCCCCUGCGGGAGUCCACCUUCCAGGAGCUGCCCCUGCGCACCCGGGUCGAGAUCCUGCACCGCCUCUGUGACUACCGCCUUGAUGCAGAUGACGUCUUCGACCUCCUCAAGGGCUUGGACGCCGACAGCCUCCGCGUGGAGCCGCUGGGGGAGGACACCGCAGUUCCCUUGCUCAGCAGAUAUUUCAUGGUGGUUUUGCCAUUUUGCAGGGGAUGCGGGGGGCAGACAAAUACCCCAAAUGUUCCUGGGAAAACAGGCAAGAGACGAGGGCGACCACCAAAGCGGAAAAAACUACUGGAAGAAAAUUUGCUGAGGGAGAAGGCAGAAGAGAACUUGCUAAUCCAUGAGACUCAGAUAAGAAAUGGGUCCCAAGGGCCUGGCCGUGGGACAUGGUGGCUGCUGUGUCAGACGGAAGAGGAGUGGAGGCAGGUCACAGAGAGCUUCAGAGAGAGGACUUCCCUUAGAGAGCGGCAGCUCUACAAACUCUUGAGUGAAGACUUCCUGCCGGAGAUCUGCAACAUGAUUGCACAGAAGGAGAAGCGUCUGCAGCGGACAGAGUUUUCUCCCAGGUGGAUGUCUGACCAUCAGCCCAUCAAACCAAUCAAGCAGGAGGUAAACCCGAACGUGCUGAGUUCGAUGGAGAAGCAGAGGCGCAGAGAGGAAGAGGAGGAGCGCCAAAUCCUUAUAGCAGUGCAGAAGAGGGAGCAGGAACAGCUGCUAAAGGAAGAGAGGAAGAGAGAGAUGGAGGAGAAGGUCAAAGCAGUAGAAGAACGGGCUAGGAGGAGGAAGCUUCGUGAAGAGCGGGCCUGGCUGCUGGCGCAGGGGAAGGAGCUCCCCCCUGAGCUUUCCCACUUGGAUCCAAGUUCCCCUACCAGGGAAGAGCGAAGGACCAAGGAUCUCUUUGAACUGGACGAUGAGUUCACAGCCAUGUACAAAGUUCUAGAUGUGGUAAAGGCUCACAAGGACUCUUGGCCCUUCUUGGAACCCGUUGAUGAAUCGUAUGCUCCCAACUACUACCAGAUCAUUAAGGCCCCCAUGGACAUCUCUAGCAUGGAGAAGAAGUUGAAUGGAGGUCAGUACUGCACCAAGGAAGAAUUUGUGGGCGAUAUGAAGACCAUGUUCAGGAACUGUCUUAAGUACAAUGGUGAAGGCAGUGAAUAUACCAAGAUGGCUUACAACUUAGAAAGGUGUUUCCACCGAGCAAUGAUGAAGCACUUCCCUGGGGAAGAUGGAGACACAGAUGAGGAGUUUUGGAUCAGGGAGGAUGGAAGACGAGAGAAGAGGAGCCGUCGGACUGGCCGCUCCAGCACAGGCAGUGUUUGGACUCGGUCACGAGACCCAGAUGGACCAGGCAAGAGGCAGCAACGCCUGGAAAAUGGAGGAAAACCUCCACCAUAUCGAGCUACUUCCAGGGCUCCUGCUUCUUCCUCCUCUUCCUCUUCCUCCUCCUUCUCCUCGUCCUCUGCAGAGGAUCCAAGUGGCAACCCAAUGCAGCCUCCUCGAGAAGUGGGCCCUUCCAAUGGGCGAGGUUUCCCUCGCUCUCUGCAAUACGGUGGCAUGCCCAGCCCUGUGCCACAUCCCGGCCAGAUGAGACCAGCCGUGCCAGGAACGUUUGGUCCCCUGCGCGGAUCGGAUCCCACGAAACUGUACAGCUCGCCGCGAGUGCCUGAGCCCCAUCCCGGAGACCCGGUCCAGCAGCACCAGCACUUUGCCAUGCAGCCGGCCGUGGGACUGAGCGAGCACCGCGGGCACAGGCUGGCCACCCCAGAGAAGCAGGCGUGUGCAGGACCGACCCACGUCACCGGCCUCGGCCACCGGCCGGGCGCCCUGCAGCUGGGGCGCGUGGGCGGCCCCCCGCCCGAUGCCGUCUACCCGCCAGCCCAAUUCCAGCAGGGCUUCCUCCCCCCAAGGCACAACGGGUCAGGGUAUAUCAGACCGCCUGGGAAAGCCGCCGGCCAGAGGAUGCCGCAGCCGCCAGCCGCUCUGUUUGGGGGACCACCUCAGGUUCAAAGAGGGUGCCAGGGUGGGGACUCCAUGAUGGACAGCCCGGAGAUGAUCGCCAUGCAGCAGCUGUCCUCCCGCGUGUGCCCGCCGGGUGUGCCUUACCACCCUCGCCAGCCACCCCCGCCGCACCUCCCCGGACCCUUUCCCCAGCUGGCUCACGCUGCCUCCACCGCUGGCGUGCAGCCUCCGAAACCCAUCGUGGGGAACGGGAGCUCACAGGAUCCCACUGGUCAGACCAUGGAGUCGGAGAGCAACCAAGUGGAGCCACCGGCAGGUGUGGACGAGAAGGCUCAGUGCAUUGGCAUUCCCGACGGGGCCUACGCCAAACUCCUACCUCAUCCCAAGCCCCCGCUGCCCAUGGAGUGCACCAGGCGCACCUUGCCCCCAGACGGGGAGGGGGACAGCUCUGGUGUGAAGGGUGACCUGAAGGCAGGGCAGGGCAAGGGCGCAUGGCCGGCGGAGAGUGGCUAUGCUGGCGGCCCGGGCUGCGUGAGGGACCUGGUGCCCACCUCCGAGAGGGGCGGUCCCCUGCCUGAGAAUGGGGCGGCGGGUGAGGGGCCAGCGGGCAGUGCCGAGGGGAAGGGCGCCGCCCUGGCCUCUCCCAACCGCAUGGACGUAGCGAGUGCCAAAGAGGUUUCUCCGAGCGACGGGCAGGAUCUGGGGCCUGAAGACGAGAAGUCUGAGGAGUCCCAGGAAAGGCCGGAGAGUCCCAAAGAGUUCCUUGAUUUGGACAACCACAACGCGGCCACGAAGAGGCAAAGCUCAGUGGCAGCGGGGGAGUUCCUCUACGGAGCGCCCCCACCGCACCUGGGUUCGGGGAUGGGAUUCGGCCCGUCGGCUUUCCCUCCCCAUGGGGUGAUGCUACAGACUGGCUCUCCUUAUGCAUCCCGGCAUCCUGCCAGUCAUUUCCAGCCCAGGACGUAUGGAUCACCCAUGAAUGCUCACCUGUCUCAUCAUCCGGCCUCCGGCCAGGCCAAUGGCCUCUCUCAGGAGGGACCCCUGUACCGCUGCCGGGAGGAGAACGUAGGUCACUUUCAGGCCUUGCUGAUGGAGCAGAGAGGCAGUGGAGGUGGCAUGGGGGGGCCACCCCAGGACUUGUAUAGACCUUCGGGAAUGCAAAUGCAUCAGGCUCAAGUUCCCUUCCCGAAGAUGCCUACAGCAACCAUGUCCCGGGAAGAUCUGACGUCACAAAAACCAUCAGCGUUGCCUCUGGAUCAAAGCUAGUCCGAGGAAGGACGGACUUCACGAAGACGAAAGCCACACGUGAUUUGGACAAGGGGGAGGAGGGGCAGGCCUUCCUCCCACCCUCCCCUCACCCAAGCAGCAUGUAGCUUCCUGGGUCCGUGGAACAUGGUGCCGCAACGGCUUUUGUGUUGGAAACCUGGAGCGGUGCUGGGCCCCAGCCAGCC